UCUGACACACUCGAACACACGCACACAUAUAUACACGCCCUCCACCCCCAUCGCUGCAGUGUCUCAACUGCCUUGGAGCAAACAAGAGAGGAUAUAGAACACAGACGUUAAUAAGACAGAGAAAGAGUGGCACUGAAAGAGAGAGAGAGAGAGAUGUACGUGAGUGUGUGUGACUGUGUGAAUAUGAGGAAGACAUGAAGAUGAAGCAGCAGGACUAAAGGUGGAUUGCACAGAGCCUUUCUCUCCCUGCAAGGGCUUGUCUGCAGUAUCCUUUAUAAAUGGAUGCUGGCUUGUGAACACGCAGACUCAGAGGCCUUCAGUUGUCGGGGAGAUAUCACACCGCAGAAGAAGCAGAAAAGAUUUUAUCAAGAAGAUCAAGCAAAACAGGCCAAAUAUCGAACUGAGGUGGAUGGUUGCAGGAGCCAAGCAAGGGCAACGUACCACAAGAGCCAUGUGGGAGGAGAGUGAGGGAGUUUUGCUAUUUGCACGCAUCAUGCCCAAACACUCUCUCUACUGACAAAGCUGAACGUUCCCCAGCCUUCCUCCAGAGCUUUUCCUCAGGGGGAGCCCCUGCUAUGAACCCCAGCUUCCUUGGCUUCAGCAGGCAGUCCAACCUCAGAGCCAGGCGCUGUGUGGGCAUCCCACAAGUCUGGGUUCUGCCCACACAGGACUCACAGACUGCCCCUGAACAAAAAGAAUGAAAUACUCCUGAGUCACUCCUCUGUGUGGUGGCUCUCCUGUCUAGUGUUAAAUUGGUCUGUUGUGAAGUUUUGUCUGCCUCUUCCCCAGCAAGUUUCUACCUUCAGUGAAAACCCUCUCCAACUCCUCCACCGAGUCCUUUUCGGUCACCACUUCGUUUUAAUUUGCUUCCCCAUCAAACAGCAGCACGAGUUCCUUUUUGCUCACCACGUGGUGGAGGACCAUGGGAUGCCGUCAGAGCUCGGAGGAGAAGGAAGCGGCGCGGCGCUCUCGACGAAUCGACCGCCACCUGCGGUCGGAGAGCCAGCGGCAGCGGCGUGAAAUCAAGCUACUGUUGCUGGGCACCAGCAACUCGGGCAAGAGCACCAUAGUCAAACAGAUGAAGAUCAUCCACAGUGGAGGCUUCAACCUGGACGCCUGCAAGGAGUACAAGCCCCUCAUCCUGUACAAUGCCAUUGACUCCCUCACCCGCAUCAUCCGUGCCCUCACCACCCUCAAGAUUGACUUUCACAAUCCUGAUCGCGCCUACGACGCUGUGCAGCUCUUUGCCCUCACAGGGCCAGCUGAGAGCAAGGGGGAGAUCACUCCAGAGUUACAAGGGGUCAUGAAACGUCUGUGGGCUGACUCAGGGGUCCAGGAGUGCUUCCAACGAUCCAAUGAGUACCACUUAGAGGACAACACUGCCUACUACCUGAAUGACCUGGACCGCAUCUCUGCAGCUGAAUACAUCCCUACUGUAGAGGACAUCCUGCGAUCCCGCGACAUGACCACUGGCAUUGUGGAGAACAAGUUCACCUUCAAGGAGCUCACCUUCAAGAUGGUAGAUGUGGGUGGACAACGCUCGGAGAGAAAGAAGUGGAUCCACUGCUUCGAGGGUGUGACUGCAAUCAUUUUCUGUGUCGAGCUAAGUGGCUAUGACCUCAAACUCUACGAGGACAACCAGACGAGCCGCAUGGCCGAGAGCUUGCGCCUGUUUGACUCCAUCUGCAACAACAACUGGUUCACCAACACGUCACUCAUCCUCUUCCUCAACAAGAAGGACCUGUUGGCUGAGAAGAUCAAACGCAUUCCUCUGACAGUGUGCUUCCCUGACUACAAAGGUCAGAACACCUAUGAGGAGGCAGCUGUCUAUGUGCAACGGCAGUUUGAGGACCUCAACCGCAACAAGGAGACCAAGGAGAUCUAUUCGCACUUCACCUGUGCCACUGACACCAGCAACAUCCAGUUUGUGUUCGACGCUGUCACGGACGUGAUCAUCCAGAACAAUCUCAAGUACAUUGGGCUGUGCUAGGACCUGAGGCUGGAUGGGUGGGAGGUGUGUGGGGUGGGCUGGGGAGGGAGAGGGAGAGGGGGGGCAAAGCGGGCAGCAGUUGGCCCGCCAUCAGGCUGGAUAAACAAAAGGCAUGUCAGUCUGCCUGAUGGUUUAUCUCUUUGAAGAGGUGCAACAGAGAACUGCAAAUGAAAUGAGGUAGUAAGAAACAACGGAGCUGGUGGGCCACAGUCAAGAUGGGAUUUUUACCCAACGUGUUUGCACUGAAUAUGAGUAUGCAGAGACACCCAAACACACGCAUACACACACACACACACACACACACACACACACACACACACACACACACACACACACAUGCACACACACACACACCCACACAAACACACACCGACACACAUCCUUAUGUUUGUUCACACACAAGAUCCUUGGAUCGACAGUCAAGCACUUGUUUGACAAGGCAACACUGGAAAUUUUAGACAGUUACCCCUACCUGCCUGCCAAACCUGAGGUAGUAGGUCUGUACUGGUGGUUUUCGGUUACGUUUGUCUACUGUAUUUUAUUUGCCAGAGUCAAUUAAUGCUGCUUUACAAGAAGAGUUUUGACAAAAUCAAUGUUCUCUUUUGGAUUUUCACCCUAACAACGAUAACCAGUGAGUGCACCUGACGUGGGGAGAGCCUGUAUUUCUGAGAAAAAAUAAAUAAAUGUCAGUAGACAUGAUGUCACAGGGUUUCUGCCUAAAAGAGGAAACUGCCACAGUGUAAAGCUGAAGUGAAAUAAGUUUUCUACACACUAUUUCUGUUUUGCCCCUUGGUCGAAUAUCUAAUGUUGUUCUUUUCCCCCUCUUUCUUUUAUCUUUUGUGCUUUAAAAAAAAAAAAAGAAUAUGUCUCUCAAACCUGCCUUUUAUAGCAGGUCACUGACUUAUAAUACCAGGAGAGUGUUAUGCUCCAUAGAGUCAAAAGUAUUCUUUAUGAUCAUUCCAGUUUCCAGCAAGAGACAACAAAAACAGUGCCAAGAUCAAUUUGUAAAUAAAACCAGAUCCCAUCCAUUAUGUUAUUUUUUGUUUUGUUUUGUUUUUAUGGACAAAUACAUUAAAACAUGCAUGGUUUUGUUACUUUGGGAUACUAAUAUAUUUUCUUUGGGAUUAUGUUCUUCUUUUCUUAGGUUUAAAUAAUAUAUUCCCAAAAAUAUAUAUAAAAGUCAAACACUGUGUACGAUUGUACAGUUGUCAGAGAGGAAUUUAUUGAAAAGAGUUAUAUCAAUAUAAUAAUUGAUGAUGAUGAAAACGAUGACGAUAAUGAUGAUAGUGGUGACGAUGAUUACAAAGAUGACGAGGAAAAUCUCACUACAAAGUUAGCAUGAGAGGUUAAAGUGGAUCAAAGGAGAACAAGACUGUAGAAAAAAAAUGAAGAAGCAAACCUUGAAAGUUCAAUCUUCCUUGCAUUAUCUAAGUGGAAAUUGUUAAACAGCCAGUCAGUAUGAUGUGUAAAUAUACUGUAAGGUACACUCUUUGUUCAAACAAAUGAAAAUAAAGGUUGAGUUGGGUUACUGUGAGUGAGAUGAAGAGAGAGCGAGAGAAAGAGAAGGAGGAAAACCCCACUCCACUCCUCCUCUUACCCUUUCUUUUCAGUUCAGAGUGUGAUGUGCAAACGACUCAGCUAAGGGCUUCAGGCUUGACUUUACAGGAUGUCCACCUCAACAAAAGACAAAACAAUUAAAAAAAAGAAAUAUAAAAAGGACAAUAACUAUGAAUAAAACAACUUAUGCAAAUUUU